AUAAUGGAAACGAAAGUACAAAAACAAUUAAUUGACUACUUUUCAUAUUUCGACGAGUUUCAUACGGCAGUGAAAACAAGUUUGAAAGAUUGCCAAAACUGCGCUGCGUCUAUAAAUAAACUGAUAAAGCGUUGCAAGAACAUAAAGGAGGCGAUCGUGACGGGUACGCCGUUGGACGAAUUUGAGGGAUUGCAAAGCAAGCUAAGUGCUUCCAUACAUAACCUAAUCUCGGAAGACGUACAAGAAAUCAGAAGUAAAUUGUGCACAUUAGAAGAGCUUUUUGAGAAACUCUGCAAUAAAAACAACACAUUGAGGGAAAGCUGCAGGGAUAUUGAUUUUGAAGCCAACUCCGCCCUGGUGAAGGGCACUCCACUUCAACCCUCAUUAAAACAACUACUGGAAUUCACUGAAGAUACAAUAACAUUCGGCAGCCAAGUCUGCGCCCAAAUAGAAACAUCACUGAAUGUACUAUCAUUAAAGGAAUUAAAUACAGAAGCCAUCGGAGACAACUUCCGCUUCCCUGUAAACUGGCAGAAGCGAAUAACUGAAAUACUUUCAUACACUUCAUUUAUAUCAGAAAACCAGAUUUAACCAUGGAUCUACUCGACUCAAUCCUCAAUUCCAUGCAAAAGCCUCCAUCAGCCAGCGAAGCCCAGAAAAAUGCCAUGCGCAAACAAAAAGAGGCCAUGGAAAACAGACAGAAAGAGGAACGAAAUAUGAUAAACAGAUUCAGAAAACGUGUUGAAGAGAAAAUAAGCAAUUUCAUAAAAGAUGGCAAAAAACCACAUCUGCAGUUUGAGCCUAUGGAACAAAUGUAUAGGUCUAUUAUCAGAGAUGUAUCAGAAAUUGCUGGUUUGCAAGUCUUUUCCUUCGGCCAGGAAGGUAUAGACCGGUAUUCUGUAGUGUACUUCAAAGACAAUGGCCCUUCUGAAGAUGAACUGACAGUACGUAGGGCGGGCGGAGUGUGGAGUGAAGACAAAGCAGCUGAAAUGGCUCUAGCACAUUUUGAAAAACAAAAGCAAGCAGCUCUAGAGUUAGAAGAAGAGAAGAAUAGAAAACGGAAGCGUGGUCAAGAGGAAUUGAGUGGUACAUUCUAUAAACAGAAGUACGCACAUUUGAUUGGUCAAGAGGCUGCUAUAGAUGCUGCUCAGAAAACAAAUGUUAACAAGAGUUACGGAGAAGUUCCUAGUGAGAAUAAGAAAGAUCAGCGGUCUAUCGAACAGACUAUGGCUGAUAUAAAAGCGAAGAAAAUGAAGAAAGCGGAGACAGAGAAAAGAGACGCAGAUAGCAGUGAACAAAUCUAGUACAUAUAAACUGAAAUACGUAGAUAGAAUUUAGUAUGAUUCUUAUAAAUGGUAAUUAUGACCAAGUUAUGCUAAGACUUUGUAGUUUAAAAUUAGUUCACAUUUAACUGCAAGUAUAAGCAAUGUUCUAUGUAAGUGAUUUGUGUAUCUACUAAUUCCUCGGAAUAUGAAUAUAAUUACGUUUUAACCAGACUGUUUUAAACUUGAGUGCAAAUUGCCACAUUGAAUCUAAAUUACAAUUUAAAUCAAGUAUUGCUUAAAAUAUAACAUACAUACUUAUAAAUUUUGUCCAUGAUUAUUUUGAAAAUACUAGUUAAUUUUGGUACUUACUUAAUUUACCAACUAAGUAAUCAAAUUAAGGUUUUGUUGCAUUUUUUCUUCAAAAACUAUUUUAGUGGAUUACCUUUUCUGUUCGGUUAAAUGUACGCAGCAUAUUGCGGGUUCCAUUCCUUUAGUAAACAACCAAUUAACCAUCCGUGCGCGUUCGGUACGCUGAUUGGUUGGUUUAAUCAAUUCGGCCAAUCAGAUCGCUGAACGCGCUCUCGUUUCGAUUACUUUACACGUAAAGCAAACUCGUACUAAAGGGUACUGCUCAUUUGCCCAUCUAUUCCAUAAAAAGUAUGUAGUCUUCCGAUAAAAAAAAAAUUCACCAUCAAGCCAACCAUAAGCUUUGUUGCCAAAAUACAUAUUAAAAGAAAUUAGUCCUUCCUGCCAUCACUAUAAUGAAUAAAAUUAAAUGAUACUGUCAAUAUACUCCACAACAUUGAACUGUGACAGAAAACUAUAGCCAAAGAAAAAUAUUGUUACAAUCUUUGACCAAUGACAAUGUCUACAUUUAAUAAACAUUUCUUGAAUUCACAAAUUAUUGAUUUUUUACUAAGUACUGUUUUACAAUGCCUGAUUAAGGUUAUCGGUUAAUACGAACGUUUUCGCACGAAGCGUUUUAGUUUCCGUGUACGAUACGCUAAUGAGUGAAAUUCCUUGCCAUUCGUACCUUCUUCUUCAAGUAGGUAUCGAGUGAAUAGGUUGCUUAUAGAUAGACGUGCUCCAUCGCUUACCACCAGGCAAGACAAUGGCCAAAUGCUAACCUGUUAAGUAUAAAAAAUAUGUACGAAAUAUCUUAAAAUUCAUAAUUAGGUGUCCGAUAAAAUCUAUUCGGAACUUAAUCAAACAUUGUAGAAUAGAACAUAAGUAAUACAAAAAAUCCUUAAGUUAUAGCAAUAACUUACAUUUUAAAGCAAUGAAUAUUUCUCCAUUGACUUCAAUAAUAUCUUCCAUUAUAAAAACCUUUACUUAAAUUAAAUACCUCGAUGUCGUAUGUACCUAAGUUAUGUAUAUAGUGUCUAAAGUAGAUACAAGUUAAUAUUUUUUUACCCAUACUAAGAAAAUUAAAGACUGGGUUGAUUUUGAUUAGAUAGCAAUAAAUUAGUUUACUUAAUGUAUACUUAAUAUAGUUCAAUUGUGUUUCAAAGUUGAAAUAAAAUUUAUUCACUUCA